UUCAUCAAGUAUGUCAAAGCCAGCCCGCACAGCAUACGCAGGGUCCCGCAGAAAGCUCGUCGUCGCCCUCGACGUUGGAACGACCUUCAGUGGCAUCUCUUACUGCAUUCUGGAUCCAGGACAGGUAUCUGAAAUCAAGGCUGUAACGAGAUUCCCCGCUGCAGAGAAUUCCGAAACGACGAGCGAGGCAUCGAAGAUACCCACUGUCCUCUACUACGACUCUCGAGGCAAUGUCAAAGCCGUUGGAGCUGAGACCAAUCAAGAUGGCAUCUUCGAGACGGCAAUGGACGAAGGUUGGAUGAAGGUCGAAUGGUUCAAGCUUCACAUUCGUCCCAAGUCCGAGACGUCAAGUGCUGUAAAGAACAGGCUUCCGCCGCUGCCUAGGGGGAAGACUGUCGUCCAAGUUCUUUCCGACUUCCUUCGCUACCUGUUCAAGUGCGCGAAGAGCUUUAUCCAGGACACGCACGUUAAUGGUCGCGAUCUGUGGAACUCUUUGGAGUCUACUAUUCACUACGUUAUCACCCAUCCCAAUGGAUGGGAAGGAUACCAACAGAGUCAGAUUAGAGAUGCUGCUGUACAAGCUGGAUUCAUUCCGGAUACGACAGCUGGUCACGACAGGGUAUCCUUUGUUACAGAAGGAGAAGCGAGUUUGCACUUCGCCAUCGAUAAUGGCCUUUCAGCGAUCGGGAAAGGAGAAGGCGUGAUCAUCGUAGAUGCAGGUGGAGGAACGGUUGAUAUCAGCGCCUACAAUAAGACGUCUGCGCCACAAGAAAGGGCUACUUUCGAGGAGACUUCCAUCCCACAGUGUCACUUCUUUGGAUCCGUUUUCGUCAGUAUCUACGCAAGACAGUUUCUAGAAGAGUACCUGGCAGAGUCUCCUUUCUUCGACGACUUAGACCACAUCAUCCGCUGCUUCGACAAGGCAACCAAGGUUCGAUUCAGCAGCGAUAAGCAGCCACAGUACAUCCGGUUUGGAAGCACCCGGGACAACGAUGACUCUUGCAGCAUUCGAUUCGGACAAUUGAAGCUCGAAGGCUCGAAAGUUGCAGAGUUUUUUGAGCCAUCGGUGAAGUGCAUCAUCGAGGCGUUGAGAGCUCAGAUUCGCAGUGCUCAGAAUGUCAAGCAUGUGGUUCUUGUGGGUGGGUUCUCCGCCAGCAACUGGCUCUGGGAGAAGGUUUCCGAAUCUUUGAAGCCAUUGGGUGUCGAAGUCUUCAGGCCUCAGAACUACGUAAACAAGGCUGUCUCCGAUGGAUCGGUAGCGUUCUACCUCGACCAAAUGGUGAACGUUCGAAUUGCAAGGUACACAUACGGCCAGGAGAUCAACGGCUUUUACGAUGCAAAAGACCCAGAGCAUCGCGCUAGGGAACACACGACCUACAUCUCUAUGGCCAAUGUUAAGCGUGUCCCGAAGGUGUUCUCGGUCUGCGUGAGCAAGAACACACGUGUUCAUGUGGACACAGAGUUGAGACAAGACAACUUCUCGUACCUCUUCGACUCAGACCGCGCGGAAUCCGACAGGCCAACCAUCUACUCAACGCUGCUGCGCUACACCGGAGACGAUGUUAACCCCAGGUGGACUGACGUUGAGCCAGAGAAAUACGACACACUGUGUUCCUUCGAAGUGGACGUCUCCCACCUUCCCCGCGUUUUGGUUCCAAAACAGAACGGACAGCCGGGGACGUAUUGGAAGGUGGACUAUAGCAUCAUCUUGUCGUUUGGUACGCAAGAGCUUCGCGUACAGAUCGCCUGGACAGAAGCCAAUGGAAUUGAGAAGCGGUCCCCAGUCAAGAUUGUGUAUGAACCGAACGAUGUAUAA